AUGUUUAAUAAUUUUGAUGAAUUGCACAUAUUAAGAUUACCAAAAAUAGUAAAUACUUUUGCAAAAGAUGGUAUUAAUUAUAUUAAGUUAAGAGUUCUUAUAAUUGAGUAUGAAAGUUAGUAAAAUUAAUGAAUACGGAAAUAAACAUACCAGAUAUUUUGUGUUAACCAAUAAAAAAAUUUUAUUAUUAAAUAAAUCAAGUAACAACGAUGUCAUUUAAAAGCAAUUAGAAGGAAAGUACUGUUGUCCUUUAUAAUUGGAAUAACAAUUUCCUCAAAAAGUUUUGAAUUCAUAUUACAUUUUAAAAAUGAAUAUGAUGAUGAUGAUCUUAGAUUAUAAACUGAAAAUAGAUCUAGAUUAAUAGAAUUUAUAGUUAAGACAUUUGCUACUGAAUUUCAUAUUCCUUUGGCUUCAUAUUAAGUUUAAGAUAUAAAUUUAAAGAAAUAUGUAGUUUAUAAAUAGGAUAGACAUAAACAUAUAAGUAAAUUACCUAAUGUUAAAGCUAACUAUUUAAAUUAUAAACCAAUUUUAGAUGAAUAAGAGAAUUUCUUAAAAAUGUAGUAAAUAUAUUCACAAGAUACAGAAUCUAAAUUAUUAUUUGGUGAUUUCUUAUUAAAACUAUAAGAUUUUGAAAUGAAAAAAAUUAUAUGUGAAGGUAGCAUAUCAUAGAUUGUAUAAGUUAUGAACACUAAAACUCAUACAUAUCAUAUAAUGAAAUGCAUUAGUAAAGAAGAUCAUAAUUAUCUAAAUUUAAAAGAAUUUAUCACUUUUAAAAAAUAUGUAAUUGAUUAAUUAGAUUUAGACUCGACAUCCAUUUUUGAUACCAUUAGAAUAUUGUUUCGAAACUUUUGAUAAAUAUUAUUUCAUAAUGCCAUAAGCUAAAUGUGAUUUAUAUAAAAAACUAGAAGAAUUAAAGAAGUUUGAUUAAAAAUAAUUAUUAUUUACAGCAUAAGAAUUAGUAAUGGUUUUGGGAGAUUUACAUAAUAAAUAAAUUAUUCAUGGCGAUUUGACUUUAGAGAACAUAUUAUUAGAUUAAAAUUAUCAUUUAGCUUUAUGUGAUUUUGGAUACUUAAGGAGAACAAUUAAAAAUAAAGAUUAAUUUUAUGGAAUUGCUGAAUACACUCCACCAGAAACAAUAUUAAAUAAAGAUUAUCAAUAUUAUAGUGAUUAUUGGUAAUUAGGAAUAAUUCUUUAUGAAAUAGCUUAUGGUCAUCCUCCUUUUAUUGAUUAUGAUUAGAAUUUAACAUUUGAUUACAUCUUAAAUUGUUAAUUAGAAUUCCCUAUCCAUAUAGAGGUCGAUUAUCAAUUAAAAGAUCUCUUAUUUAAAGUAAUCUUUUUAUUAUAGAUUUUAGCUAUUAUAAAAAUAACCAAUUUAAAGAAUUGGAUAUCAUAUGGGAAUUUCUGAAAUUUAAGAACAUGAAUAUUUUAAAAAUACUAAUUGGAAAUUAGUUUAUGAUAAACAAAUGUAACCACC